AGGAGGUUGUAAACAGAGUUUAAAAGCAGGCCUGCAAGACUGCAGACAUUCACAGGAAGCUGGACCAUCAAUGGCUCUGCUGAAAGUUCUGCUGCUGCUGUUGGGGCUGGGUGUUUCAAUGAACUCACAUGUUUCUCUGCACAAGAGAAUCAUUGGAGGUCAAAACUGUGAUGACAAGGAGCGUCUUUAUCAUGUUCGGUUGGAGGGAGUCAAUGGUACUCAUACACGCUGGUGUGGAGGAUCUCUGAUCCACCCUAGGUGGAUCCUGACUGCAGCUCAUUGCUGGAGGUCUCAGCCAGGAUGGAAUACCACAGUAACUUUAGGAGUUCAUCCAUGGAAUGCUACACAGGAGAAACAGAUAAUCCAACACAAUCCUGUGAUGUAUUUUGACCAAAGCCAUCAGCGGCAUGACAUCAUGUUGCUGAAGCUUCAGAGACCAGUAAGAAAUAUCCGUCCUGCUCGGCUACGAAGAUGCAAUAAUCGUCCCAAAAUUGGUGCUAGAGUUCAGCUGGCAGGAGAAGGACCAACGACAACCAACGCCAAUAAUCAGCAAUGUGAGAGAAAUAUUGAAGAUCUGAGAAUAAAAAUCUUUGUUUCUUUCUGUACAGAGAAGGUUAAGUGAAGAACAUUUUUAUGAGUUUCAUGUUUCUCCUCAUCAGACAUUGAACGUCAACCACAUCUUCAGUGUGUCAACAUGAAAAUUAGUGGCUUUACCUUUAGGCAAACACAUGGACAUCUAGUCAUUGCUGAAGCACCAAACAAGGAUGUGUCCAGUGGUGACUCCGGAGGAGGACUGGUGUUGUACGACAAGAUUUAUGGCGUGAUUGUUGGCCAUGAUGCAACCUCUAAAGUUUACAGCAUGGUUGUGUGUGAAUACAUGGAGUGGAUACGCAACACAACUGGGCUUAAAUAACCUAAACUAUCAUGAAACAAAAAUUUCAUCAAAUUUCCUCUCAGAUGUAAUUUUAUAGUUAUAUAUCCAUCAGUUUGUUCUAGAGGUUUGCAGAAUGAUCAUAAAUUAAUAGGUUUGUUUUUCUCACCUGACCUUGACCUCCCUAAUGGAGCUUUCUCUGCCUCUAAAAUGUAAAAGUAAAUCAAUAAAUUAAUGAAAAAAAUAA